GAUAACCUCAAAAUUUUUCAGUCCACAAAAACACCAAUUUCGCGCUUCAUUCGAAAGUGUAGGGAAGCAUAAAAAAUAUGACCGUAGAAUCUUAUAAAAUGAAAGAUGUUUUGCUGCUUCAAAUGACUUCAAAGUAUGAAGACCCACGCUUAUGGAUAGACAACUACCUAGCAAACCCAUCAGUUUCUGAAACGGAAGUUAAUCACCUGAGAUCUGUUAUGCAAAGAGAUCAAGCACUCAAGAAGGCAGAUAGCGAGAGAAUCUAUGACUUAGUUGGAUCAUUUCCUUCUAAACUACAACCUGAAAUUCUACUCAGUAAUAUGAACCAAUUGCGUAAUAAAAUUCCAGCAGUUCCUGGUAGUGGCUUUGUUUCAACUUACGCCACAAUUAUCCAAUCUAAUGAUAUAAAUUCAGUUGAAGAUGAGGAUUACAUGUCACAUUUAGAAUAUGUUUACAAACGCAGAUCAUAUGCAACAUUACAAUUACGUAGAUUUACAUCCAAAUUCUCAAAAUUAUGUCCAAUAUGUUUACAUCAAUUUAAUUCAUUAACAGAAACGUAUCAAUGUAUUAAAUGCAUUCGUAAUGUUUGCCAAAAUUGUGCAUGCAAAAUAUCAUUGUCAAAUUCGAAUAUUUUAUGUAAAGAGUGUUGGGAAAUUGCGAAAUGUAUCUGUAAAACAGGUGAUUGGUUUAAUCAUUAUACUGAAACAAAAGAAACCAGUCCGUUAAAAAUUGAUGUGAGGUUUAAACCACUUCAAAAUAAUCUACGUAAGGCAAAAAGUGAAGUGAUUUCAAAACUGAAUAAUUCAUCAAAAAAUAUUGUUAACUCACCUUCUAAACCAAGUGAUGAGAAUGAGAAGAGCUCAUUGAAUCAAAUAUUAAUGGAAGAAACUCAUCCAGUUAAAAGUAAAGAAAAAUCGAGAUCUAAGUCACCACAAACUUUAAAAAUUAAAAACUCUUGGGAAUAUUUAAAAUCUGGCUCUCAAAGUACAAUGGAUAAAAAAUUAUCUGGAUUCUUAGAACAAUCAACACUUUUUCGUUCUCAGUCGUGUGAUUAUUUGGGUAAAAUAAAUGAUUCGUCUGAAGAUCAUGAAGAGUUCAAAAAGAAAUCUGGAAGGAAAAGACGCCUAUUACGACUAAAAGGACUAUUGAAGAAGAGUAAAUCAUUCAAAUCAAAUCACUAUAAAGCUUAUAAUGAAAUGGAUGAAUCAAUUCAUGGUGAAAUUGAUGUAUCAAUGGAAUAUAAUGCUCAAUAUCAACAACUUGGAAUUAGUUUAUGGGCUGCUAAUAAUUUAGCACAUGAAAAAUAUAUAAUCGGCUUACCUCAUGCUACAAUCUCAUUGCUUCCAGAUAAUGUCAAAUAUAAUCUCAAAGUAUCUGGUAAUAAUAAAUGGGAUGGAAGAGAUGCAGUUUUUGAUCUGAGUGUUUGUUUUACAGUACAUAGAUGUGAUUUAAACAAGAAAAUUAUUGUGAUAAAGUUAUGGUCUAGAAAUGGUAUAAAAUCACAAUUCACCAUUGGCCAAACUGUUAUUCCUAUAAAAGAAUGUAAUCUUUUGUUCUCACCAUGUAGAAAAUGCUUUCAAUUGAUAAGUGAAAAUAAUUCAAUCAUUACAAAUCCUAACAUAAAUUCAGCUUACUACGGUGAAAUCAAACUUGCUUUACGUUUUGCAAUAUCUGAUUAUCAGAAAAAAGUGUUGUGUGUAACUGAUGAAGCUAUUGAUUUGAUUGGCGUAUUAAAUGUAUGGAUAAAAGAAGGAAAGAAUUUGCAUUCACAAAAAGCUGGUACAGAUAUAAGUUCUUACGUGACCGUGGAACUAACUGAUCCUGAGCACAAAACAGAAUGUCGAAGUACUGAUUCAAUUCUACGAAGUGACCAACCAGUUUGGAAUAGUUUACUUCAGUUUUCAGACAAACAUCUUAGUGAAUUAAUCGAAUCUACUAUGAAGAUAUUUAUUUGGAAUCGUUCAAGCAGCUUUAGUGAUCCAGAACUAUUAGGAAUCGUACAAAUUUCCAAUAAAGAAUCUGAAUUAAUGGAUACGAUCAAUGAUAACAACGUAAAUGCUAAUGUGUAUCAAGGCAGUACAAUAACGAAAAGUACAUCAUUGUGGGAAUCUGUAAUAUCUAAACCUGGUGACUGGAUAGAAGGUCUGCUUAAUAUUACAGCUCCUAAUAUAAAAUAACAAAUAUAAAACUUUCUUAUAGAAAUAUUUGUAUAUGAAUCUUGUAACUAAUUAAAAUUUAGUGGUUAUUUUCAAAUGUUAAUUCCUAUAAUUCUUGCAAAUUGAUGAAAACUAUUACAUAACAAUACAGUUUACAGAUUUCCGAAAUGCUAUUGAUACCAUGGAUUUAACUUUGAUUUAAAAGUCAAUUAACAGAUUUGAAACUAUUUUCUUAUUUUAAUUUUCUUAUAUUAUUUUUAUAACAGCCUAUUUGUAAAGUAUUCUCUUGUUUUGAGAAUUGGACGAUCUAGAAUAAGUAACUGUUUGAAUGGAUAUUACUUUGAAUAUUGUAAUGAAAUUAACUAUUACAAGUUAAUUAAAUAUAAUCAGAUUUCAAGGUAAAAUAAAGUGAAGAGGUUCUUUGGUAAAAUCCUUUAAACGAUUACAGGUAAUACAGUUUAAGACUUUGGUUCCUUUAGAGCUUUUGAAGGUUUCGUUGAGCCUUUUGAGAGCCAUCUCAAUAGUUUUAUGAAUAUUAAAGAAAUUGAACACGAUUAUCUACUAAUAUUUCAAAUAUAUAUUACUUUCC